AUGCGACCUCUAUUUCGGAAGAUGUUGAUGCUUAUCCAUUUUGUUUUGGAUGUUUCCAUUACAAUAUGCUCACUUGGACUCUAUGCUCCCGGAUGGCAUUUCAAUCUCGAUGACAUCUUCAAAACUUUCCAUUUUGCUCAUUACUCCUACUGGGCGUCUCCAUUGGAUUACGUGGUUUUAUGUCUUCUUCGUCAAGUGUCUCUUCUGAUUGCGAUUAUCCUCAUAAGACGGGGAAAAUCAAAGAAGCUCCGAAGAUGGAUGUUGAUUUACGAUAUUCUCGGAAUUCUUGGGUACAUCGUAGCCGUUGUGAAAUUGUUGGCAUUUGACGAGACUGGAACAAUGAUGAGCUAUCCAGGAAUCUAUAUGAGCACAGGAUCUGCAGUGUUCCUCACAUUCUCUUUGCCAAUUGCCAUUCGUUAUGCAUUAUUGAUUAAAGAAACUGAAGAGGUCGGAUACGAGAGAUUGCAGAGUGAGAGCCGAGAAAAUACAAAUGUGGAAAAUGGAUCCACACAUUCUGCCUCGACGUCAUCUGAAUGCAACACUGAGAAUGAAGAAGAAGAUGAUGCGGUCACAAGAGAAGAGAAAGAGAAACGACUACCGUUGUCCAAGCAUCUUUGGCAGAUUAUGAAGCUAUGUGGAAAACAGUGGAAAUGGUUCACAGCUGCUUAUUCCCUUUUGCUCAUUGAUUGCAUUCUGAAUCUUGUACAACCAGCUCUAUACAGUCAGAUGAUGUCAACUGCUAUCCAAAUGAAAUCGUUCGAUGUUCUUAAAACAGCUUGCGUGGAUCUUGCCAUCGUUCAGUUCUCAGCAGCUACAUGUAACACUGUCAGAUAUAUUUGUAUGCAAUACGCUGAACGAUUGACUGCUCGAAACAUUCGAGUCGGAUUGUUCAAGGCUAUUCUUCAUCAGGAUAUUUCGUUUUUUGAUGAAAAUAAAACGGGACAGCUCAUGUCCAGAAUCACUCAUGACUCUGAAUCGAUCUCCAAUUCUCUUCCAGCCUACAUUGCAACCGCUACCAGAAACCUCGUCAUGAUUUUCGGAUCUGCUCCAAUUAUGCUUUAUUGCUCAUGGCAGUUAUCAAUCGGUACUUUUAUCACAUUCCCAAUCGCUAUACUGGUGACCAACUACUAUGGAUCAAUUGUUGAAAAAUUGUCUGAACAGGAAAACGAUGCGACUGCCGCGUCGAAUGAAACCGUCGAAGAAGUAGUAUCCGGCAUCCGAUCCUUCGCCGCCGAAAAAAUGGAAUACAUGAGAUACACGAGGAACACGGAUGCUUGGUUUAAAAUCAGUAUCAAGACUGUUGUUUUGACAACUUUUUAUAACUAUUUCUUCGCGACCAUGUGGAAUAUUAAAGACCUGGUAGUCUAUCUCUAUGGUGGUUAUCUUACUCUUCAAGGACGAAUGGCCCCAGAAGCUCUUCUCACCUACGCCUUCUACCAAUGGAGACUUCACGCAGCCCUAAAUGAAUUCAGUUCCCUCUUUUCCGAUGUUAUGAAGACAAUUGGAUCGUCCAGAAAAGUCAUCCACAUCAUGAAUCGAAUCCCAGAAUUGGAUUACGAAGUUGGAAGUGAAAAUCCAGAUGUCGUCGGAAACAUCAUUUUCGAAAACGUCGAAUUUGCCUAUCCAACUAGGAAAACUGCGAAUAUCUUGAAUGGAAUCAGUCUAUCAAUUGAGCCAGGAAAAACUGUUGCACUGGUUGGACCAAGUGGAAAUGGAAAAUCGACGCUCGUCUCUCUACUCCAACUGUUUUAUUCUCCACAAUCUGGAAGAAUUCUUCUGGAUGGAACACCGAUUCAGCAAAUUGAUCAUCGUCAUUAUCACACGAAGAUUGCUUUGGUUGCUCAAGAACCAACUCUUUUUUCCGGAACCAUUCGGGAAAAUAUUCUCUACGGAAUUGAGGAUGGAACCGAUGACGACAUGAUGAGGGUUUCUGAAAUGGCCAAUGUUCACGAGUUCGUAUCGAAAAUGGAGAAGGGAUACGAUACAACAUGCGGCGAGAAAGGAGUACAAAUGUCCGGAGGGCAAAAGCAAAGGAUCGCCAUCGCUCGAGCUCUCAUUCGGAAUCCUCGAGUUCUAAUCUUGGAUGAGGCCACAUCUGCGUUGGACGCAGAAUCCGAAUCGAUGGUUCAAGAAGCUUUGAAUAGAUGUGCCAAAGAGAGAACUGUUUUAGUGAUUGCCCAUCGUCUGUCCACUGUUCGACGUGCCGAUCGAAUCGCUGUCAUCGAGAAGGGAAGCGUGACGGAAAUGGGAACUCAUGAUGAUUUGAUGAAGAAUCGGGAUGGUCUCUACUUCAAAUUGGUUCAGAAACAGUUGGGAACCAGAAUAGACGAAGAGGAGGAGAAGCCAAUUGUUGUCUAA